AUGGCCCAUUCGGACGCCGAGAAGGCCAGUCCGGCGGGCUAUCCAGUCGACGAUGCCCCGUUGCAAGAGCACGAUCUUCCAAAAGAGCUUCCUGAACGCUUCUCUGCACUCUCGGCUCUGUCAUUUGCCUAUGUCGUCACCAACUCCUGGGUAGGAUAUUCCGGGACGUUUACGAUGGCGCUGCUUGCUGGCGGGGGCCCAGCUUUAUUCUUCGGCGUCAUUGCUGCUGCCAACGUCUCCAGUAUCAUCACGUUAGGCCUUGCCGAGCUGGCGUCCGCGUUUCCGUCGAGUGGAGGGCAGUAUCAUUUCACCUACAUGGUGUCCUCCCCGGGGACACGGGCGCCUUGUGCGUUUGUCAGCGGGUGGCUGAGUUGCCUUGCCUGGUGCCUGUCCACAGUAUCCGGUGGUAUAUUCUGUGCACAAGCCAUCGUCGCCCUGGCUUCGUUCCUCAAUGAAGGCUAUCGAUCAGAGCCUUGGCAGACGUAUCUCGUCUUCCUUGCCAUCCUGAUACUUGGCACGGCCAUUGUCUGCCUUCUGAGUCCGUGGUUGCCCCGGUUAGAAGCAUGCUUCUUCUGGAGCAGUAUGUUGGCCUUUGUGGUGUGCCUUGUCACUGUUAUCGGGAUGAGUCCCAGCAAGCAACCCCCCAGCGUGAUAUUCACCCAGUAUGACAAUCGAACGGGAUGGAACGACGGAUUUUCAUUCCUGAUAGGAGUAGGUUCAUGUAUGUAUAUUUUCGGAGGAACAGACGCGGCGACCCACAUUGCCGAGGAAGUACCUGACCCUGGCAGAAACAUCCCGCGCGUGAUGUGGCUCACUCCGGCCAUUGGGAUCGCAACAACCCUGCCGUUUGUCCUCGCCACCCUUUUCUCAACAUUCGACCUCAACGAGAUUGUCCACUCUGAACUGCCGAUCUUGACCUUGUAUUACCAAGCGACGGGUAGCAGAGGCAUCGCCGUGUUCCUGACUAUCUGGCUCCUUCUGAACUACUUUGGUGGUACUCUCAGCUGCAUUGCGACGUCUGGUCGUCUGACCUGGGCGUUUGCCCGGGACAAUGGACUGCUGUUCUCCAGGACGUUAGCCACCGUGCACCCUGGUCUCCAGGUGCCCGUCGCGGCGACAGUGAGUUGUGCGUUGGUCAUGGCGAUGUACGGCCUCAUCUAUAUUGCCUCCAGCACAGCAUUCAACAGCAUCGUCUCCAUGAGCAUUCUCUCAUUAAAUGUGACAUAUGUGAUUCCUCAGGGGAUUGUGCUGUUUCGAGGCAGGGACACAGUUCUCGUCGAUCGGCGUUUCAACCUGGGGCGGUACGGGGUGUUUGUGAAUGCUUUUUCAUGCCUGUGGGUGUGCCUGUAUACGGUCAUCUACUGCUUUCCGACGUAUAUGCCGCCCACGAUGACGAAUAUGAACUAUCUGAGUCCGGUUGUGGUGGGAAUUGUGAUGGUGAUUCUCAUGGUCUGGUACGGCGGGAAGAGGAAGACGUUUGUGGGUCCGGUGAGUGUUUCCCGAGUAACGCAAGCGGAGGCUUGGACUGACCAGCUUGUAGCCUUGUACACAGCUGAGUCAAGUCGAGAUGAUGAUGGAGGAUAG